AGUUGGUCGAGUGCAUCCUUUUGUAAACCGAGCAAACGGUUGGCACUGUUGGCACUGUUGGCACUGUUGACACUGUUGGCACUGAUUCUUGCCUUCAUUUGCCUUCCAUGUCCCGUGUGUUCCGUGCGUCCCAUGUGCCUUGGCUCAAGCACAAGUGUGACGCAGACUGAGUCUGAGUCAGGCAAGGUCUGAUGCCUCCGACGCCUCCAGAACCAGGAAAACCGCCGCAGCGGCUACAGGAUCCUUUGAACGACCGGCCUGUCAAGGAGGUGCCGCUGCCGCCAGCACAGCUGCUUACCGCCGAGUCCUUCUAUGAAAAGAAUGGCGAGCCCAACAUUUCAGCGCUCAUGGAGCACUUGAUUUUGGAAGGAGCCUUGUCCCAAGAGCUACUGCUGGACAUCAUCAGCAAGGCCUCAGACCUCUUCAAGGAUGAGCCAAACUUGCUAAAGCUGAACGACCCCAUCACAGUAGUGGGUGAUGUCCAUGGUCAAUAUUAUGACAUGGUGAAGCUCCUUGAGGUGGGUGGCCAACCGGGAGACACACAGUACAUCUUCCUGGGGGACUACGUAGACCGCGGCUCCUUUUCGGUGGAGGUUGUUUCGGUGCUGUAUUCCUUGAAGAUCAAGUAUCCUAAGCAGGUACGAAUGCUGCGCGGCAAUCACGAAUGCCGGCAAAUGACGUCGUUCUUCAAUUUCCGAGAGGAAUGUGAGUACAAGUACGACAUCGGAGUCUACAACGCUUUCAUGGACUCCUUUGACAAUUUGCCUUUAGCAGCCACCAUCAACGGCAAGUUCCUUUGCGUGCAUGGCGGUCUCUCUCCGGAUUUGGGCAAUGUCAAGGCGAUCACGAAGAUCAAUCGCUUUACGGAACCGCCCAAGGAGGGCCUGCUUUGCGAUUUGCUGUGGUCUGACCCCUUGGAGCCGAAGGAGGGGGAGUCGCGGCCCAGCGUCAAGAAGGGCGGGCCGCCCUUUGUUCCGAACGAGGUCCGAGGCUGCUCCUAUUUCUACAGCUUCGACGGGGCCACAACCUUCCUAAAAAAGAACAACUUGCUGUCGAUCAUUCGAGCCCAUGAAGCACAGCUGGAAGGCUACAAGAUGCACAAGACCAAUCCCAGCACGGGAUUUCCUCUUGUCAUUACAAUUUUCUCCGCUCCGAACUACUGCGAUGUGUACAACAACAAGGGUGCGAUUCUGAAAUUCGACAACAGCACCCUGAAUAUUUUGCAGUUCAACUGCUCUCCGCAUCCUUACCACCUGCCAAACUUCAUGGACGUUUUCCAGUGGAGCAUGCCCUUCGUGAUUGAAAAGGUGACAGAGAUGCUUUACUACAUCCUGCAGCCGGCAGCAGGUGCUGCGGAGCCAGAGGACGACGCCGCCGAGGCCCUGCCUCCGCUCCCGGACUCGAAUUGGGUGAACCACAGGGCAUCGCUGACGGAUGACCAAAAUCAGACCGUGGACAUGGCGACCCGGCUGGCUGCGCUGAUUUCCAACGAGAACGCCAAGGAGAGAGAAGCUGGAGGGCACAAAGUGGAUCCAGAAGUGCGCGACAGGAUGCGCAAGAAGGUCAGAUCAAUAGCAAGGAUGGCCCGCAUGUUCAAGACACUGCGGCAGGAGAAUGAGACAGUGGUUCGUCUGAAAGGGGUAUGUCCAGGCCACAAGCUGGCACCUGGUCUUCUGCUGGCCGGGAAGGAGCGCCUCACCUCUGAGCUGGAGAUGUUCAGCCACGCCCAGGGCAUCGAUCUCGUGAAUGAGAAGCGCCCGGAGGAGGGCGCCAAAGCAACAGGCCCGACGGACUUCCGGGACGGCAUGAGCGACGGUGAGAUAAGUCCUUGAUCUCUUCAGAAGGCAACUUGACUCAGCCAGUGAAGCUUUUGAAGUGCUUUUGAGAUCUCAGUUUGUCCGAGUGAAUAGUGAAUGGGUACAUUGGGCAUUGGCAAAUUGGUGCGGCACUCGUUCUCGAGUCUCUCGAUGGCCAAUGCCCUCGUCUCACCCCGAAAGCCCCACUGCCGACUCUGGACAGCGGGAACGGCACAAACGGCACACUGACAAGAGAA